AUGAAACGCCGAUCCGCUACACAGUCCACCCCGCGCAAGCGCUACACCAACGACCCCUUCGAAGGCGUCGAAGAACUCCAGGAAACUGCACCUUCUGACGAGGAAAUCGCUCGCCCGGAGCGUGAGGAAGAUGACGAUGAUGAUGAUUCCGCCGACGAAUUCCAAGGCGCAGCCGAUGAUGACGAGGAGGAGUUUGCGGACGAAGAGCCCAUGUCUGGCAUGGAAGAUGACCUCUUAGACGAUGAUGAUGCCAACGAUGACGACCUAUCCACGCCCAAACGUAAAGCCGCCAGGCGAAACUCAAGAAGCAAAUUCACCACCGCCGAUUUCACUCCCACCAUCAGCCGACCCAGAACGCAGCGGCCCAAGGCUAGUCCGAGCGCCGUGCGGACUUAUAUCCGCGGUAUCGAGGAUGGCAUUCCCCAGAAGCUGGCCAAGGCUAAGCGGAAACUGCUCUUGUAUGGGCCUGAUGAGCGCGACACCGGGCCUGUUGAGCAGGCCAAGUUGAAGUGGGAGUUUGAUCCUACUUUGCCUUCGGCCAAGGUGGACAGGGACGGUCGUGGUGGGAUGCAGAGGUCUUUCUUUUUGAAUGAUGGGGAUUGGGCGAGGGAGAGGCUGCGAUGGGAUGAUUGGUGGGAGGGACCGGAUGGGGAGGAAGCAUUUAUGACUAGGCAGUCUACGUGGGAUUUGGAGGAGGACGAGGCAUUGAUUUAUAUGCCACAAGCACCAGAGGACGGCAUCCGGGUUCUAUUGGGCCCGUUCCAGAAUCAGCAGGAAUUCGAGAUCCCGACGGGAGGCAGUCUCGGCUUAUCCAUCCCCUGGAACGACACGACUCAAGCCGGCCUUCAACCUGUCAAUAGCCGUACAAGAAGUGGCUAUUUGCUGAACUUGGGCGCAAAAGUCCAAUGCUUAGACUGGGCACCGAAUCAGAAGGGCAAGGGGCAAUAUCUGGCCGUGGCUGUAGCAGGAGAGCGCUUCGCACCCGAUUUCACAACAAGCGCGGCUUUCACCCCGAGCCUUCCCGAAGAAUCUGCGGUGCAGAUAUGGAGGUUCCAGAGCACGGAAUACGGCCUGUUUGAUCAACAUGUUGCGCCGCAUCUCGAAACAGUGCUGUGCAAUGACUGGGGCGCUGCGAAAGUCCUCAAAUGGUCUCCUGUGCCCGACGGGGUCUCCAACGGAGACGCCGUAGGACUUCUCGCCGGUAUCUGGGCCGAUGGCUUCGUACGAGUCUUACGUGUGGCACAGCGGUCCAGCAGCGGCCAAGACACAAUCUUCCAGCGCAUUGAGGAGGCCGCCUUCGCCUCGCGGCCCCCGAACACAGUCUGCACCUGCCUCACCUGGAUCUCGUCCGUGCGACUGGCAGCAGGAUGCGCCAACGGCUGCAUCGCAGUCUGGGAUCUCGACACUCCCAUCGACGCCGAAGCUGCAACAAACGCCCGCCCAGCAAUCUACAGCGCUGUUGCGCCCACCUACAUCCUCUCCAUCGUCUCCUGCGCCCCCUCGCGCCCCAAUCUGCUCCUCACUUCCUCCAUGAGCGGCUACAUCGCCAUGUCAGACCUCUCGCGCGCCGCACAAAGCCUCGCCUCCCCCGCCGCCACAGUUCUCAGCAACCGCACGCGUGUCGGCGCCCCGCUCAUAGUCUGGCACGACUACGCGCAAAUCGGCCUGCACGUCGACGAAGGCUACGUGCUGCGGGGCAGUUCGAUUCGCCGGAUUUUCUCGACCACGGCGCUGGCGAAGUACCGGAGCAGUGCGAUUUGUUUGGCUACGAGUGCCUGUCAUCCGUUUGUGCUUGUGGGGUGCGCGGGUGGCGAGGUGGUGGCGAGUAAUCCUAUGAGGAGGAUGUUGGAGGGGAAAGCGGGGAUUUGGCAGCAGGUGUGGUUCAGUCAUGAGUGGAAGAGGGAGGCGAGGGACGACGAUGUGGAAGAGGACAGCGCGGAUGAGGAAGAAGGAGGUCUCAGCCGGAUGCUGGAAGGCUUCAAGGCGGAGCGCGCCAUGCUCAACAGCAUCGACCGCAACGCGGCGAAUACGCAGGAGGGCACGCUGUUUGCCACCAUUUACGAGGAGAAGAGCGCAGUUACGGCAUUGGCAUGGAAUCCCAAUCUGGCCGUCGGCGGCUGGGCGGCGGCGGGCAUGGGUAAUGGACUACUGCGAGUGCAGGAUCUGGGGCUUAGGUGA